AUGGCAGUAGAUGUUCGGUCAGAAAUUUCAAGGCUUAUUGUGAGUUCAAGACACUCUUUCUCUCAUGAUUUUAAGGAAGUAGAAAUAGAAGAGGAAAAGAAACCAUCAUCUGGACCAUUUUGGCAAUUUCAAAGAAGCAGUAGUUUGAAUUAUGAUAACCGUAGAAAUAAUACAUUAAUCCGAUCCUUACAUUUUCUUUCGCUGAGCAAUUGUACUAGUUCAGCUCCAAAUCCCAAACCAUCAAUGAUACCAAAGGUUAUGCAGAAGCAGCAUUCCUAG